AUGAGCGAAAAUGGAUACACGCCGGUUGCCGCCACCCGAAGACAACGACCGACGCCGGCGGAGCGAUCGGGUGCAAACGUGAGCUCGGCGAUCUUUGAUUGUAAUGAAAACCACUUGUUUUUCAGUCAAAUGAGACGGGUCUCCUGAUAAAUGUGAUCCGAUCUUUGACAUCGUCGGUAUCUGAAGAUCAGAGAGAAGUGGAGAAGUCGCGGCUUGAGAAGGGAUUCAAAGAGUCCGGAGCACUCAUUGAUCGGCUUGUUAAAAGUAAUUUUGCAAUAUUUUUGUUUUUUCAAUAUCGAAAGCUUAUUUUAAUUGUCUUUAAAGUUCCACUACUAAUCCAUAAUUUGAGUAGUACGUGAACAAACUACAAAACCUUUUCAGACCAUCAACAAGACGUCGAAGAGUGUUUAGUUUCUUUUCGAGAUGUUUCCGCCAAAAUAUCAAGUACGCCUACCUUUAUUUUAAAGUAAAAAUGCGUUUCUUAUCAAUUCAGACUGUCGAGAACGAAUUCACAACGUUCGGAACGCGCUCCACACCGUCAAAAGCCUUCUGGAGCUGCGGAGAGACGAUUUGAAGAAGCUGUGGCACGAGAAUGCGCAGCAGAAGUCUGUCUGCGAAAUAAUGGCAAAUUUGUGAGUAAAACCGAGAAUAACUCACAAAAAUUGCAUAAUUAAGAGAGGAGUUGAGAGAAGCGCCCUCUAAAAUCGAAACUUUGAUCGCCAAGGAACAGUUCCAACUGGCCGCCGACACAGUCACCGAAUCCAGUGAGUUUGAAGAGGAAAAAGAGAGAGAAUAGUUUAUUCUCCCGAUCGGGCUCAUAAAAUGAACGACGAUCGAGACGGUCACAUAAAUUUUGGAAAAAAGAGAGCGACAAACAAAAUAUUCUUUAGGAAAACUGAUAAACGGCCGUCUAUCGCGAAUCGAAGGACUUUCGCAGUUGGCCGCUGAAAUCGAGCGAUUCGCCCGAAUUCUAAUCGAACGGAUCAAUGACACACUUGUGAAUAUGCUGGUCGUUGAGCCGUUUGAAAGACAUGUAACACAUGGAAAACUAGAAUUUUUGAGAACUAUUUGAGUUUUUUUUAGCUGCUGCACAUAAUCCGAACGAUUCCGGAGCAACGCGUUCAGCAGAAUCCGUACUGCUCUGCAAUUUUCGCCAAAUCUCGAAGCGGAUUCUUCAACGAGACCUCAAAAUCUCGUAUUUUGUCCUCCGUCGAAGCGCUUUCGACGUUGGAAGAAAGGAAUUGGGAUAUCGAUCGGUUGAUGCUGCUCUGCAAGAAUAUGAUUGACAAAAUGGUCAGGAAACUGCCUUCAAAGUAUUCUGAAGACGUCGUCUAAUUCCAGAUUGUGAACACUGUUCAAGUGAUGAAGAUCGGCGCAAAUAUCGACGAAAGCAACGAAGGAGACAGCACGCAUCUGAAGCAGCUCAUGCAAUUAGUAAAGCGCCUUUCGGAUUUCUUUAAUCUUCUGAUUUUCUUCCAGUUGUCCGCUCAAUUCGACUCUUCUAGUCAGCAACACGUGGAAUUCGGGCUGCUAGUCGAGAAAAUCCUCGGGAGAAAGGACGUAGUGACGUCGUUCUGGCGGUCUGCGCAGUCCGCGUUUGAAGUGGUCGUGUCGGAGCACUUGGACAUCAACCCCCUUCUCGAAAAGCAGAGUGUGCACGGAUCGAGCCGGAAACAGCUCUUCCGGUUCGACAACACUGCCUGCGCCUCCCCGAGCGCCAACUCUUCUACUCAUCGAGUUGGUCAUCAUUUUUGAACCAUGUGAAUUGUAAUUUUAAAUUUUCAGACAAAAGUGGUGAUUUGCAAGCCGUCGGCGUACAACAUUAAAGUGAUCUUCCCGAUUCUCAGUCGAUUGAUGGAGACGACGGAGAAGAAUAUCAACGAUUCGCCGUGCGAAUUGCGACGAUUCAUGCAUUCGUUUGUAAUGGAAGUUUUCGUCGAACGGGUGAAAGGAGAGCUCGCCGCGCGGAUAGACGGUGCUCUGAGGGGAGGAGAAGCCGUCCGGGUGACCACUAAUAAGGUAAGAAUCACAAUUACACCUUCACAAUCGACUACUUUUCUUUCAGAAGAUUCUUCCCUCGUGCGAGAAAGUUCUGACGCUUUGCAAAGAAGUGCACGAUCUGAUCGUCAGUAUCGAUUUAUACGCCGACCGAUUCGCCGCCCUCUGGCUUCUCGUCCUCACUGAUUACUUCAAGAACAUGACGGAUGUGUACGAGAGAAUGACUCCCACUUCCGCGGCCGUCGACGUCACCGCUCCAGACGCCCUUUCCUCCUCCUCCUCGCGCCGUCCGAAACUCUCGGCCGCAUGGACUGCCGACGACGACAUCUCACGUCUUCUGAUGAGCCUUCCCAACUGGAACGCCGCCUCCAUUUCUCCAAUGACCCCGGCCGUCGAAAGUGAGCAGGACGUCGGCGAGCGCAACAAAAGAGAGUCGGAGAUUCUCAUUGGAAAUCUUGGAACGCAGGCGCAGAACAAGUUGAGCGAGGGCGAUCUGAUAACUGAUAUGAACGACAUCAAAAUGUUUGCAAGCCUUCAUGAAUCGCUACGUUGGUUCAGCGAUGAGAUCCGAGAGCUCGUGCAUUCUCUUCCGGCGAACGUCAAGAUGAUGUUGGACACGUGCAUGGUGCAGGUGCGACUGAAGGACGGACAGAUGAUCGACAAUGUAAGCGUGAAGGGAAAGUUGUCUCAGAGAUGAUCCAUUCUUCCAGAAAUCGGUUCCAUCUGCCAUCGAAGACUGUGUCCGUCGUCUCGAGUCGAUCGCCGAUUCGUGUCUCCUGCUCCUUCACAUCGAGAUCCGCGUCCAUUGCUUCUUCCACCUGGCACCCCUUGCCAAGUACCGUAACGCCUCCUCGCAUAACGAAGUAGAUCCGGAAGUGGUCGCUCUCGGAAAAGAUCUCCACCAGUUCCAUGACAACCUGAAGGACGUGCUCUCGCCGACUAAGAUCUCUUACGUUUUCGACGGACUCGGACAUCUUUGCGCCUCGAUUUUCAUCCAUCUCAGCCAGUUCAUGCCACGUUUGACGGAAGCGGCGAAGAAGAGAGUGUGCCGGAACGUGUGGGGAGUCCAGCAGAGACUCUCGCGGAUCACGAACCGAAGAGAGGCGGAUCUGGACAAGGCGCGGGCGUUCUUCGAUUUGCUGCUCGACAAUGAUCCAGACGGCAUUCUGGCGAUCAUUCCGGAGAAGAGGUUCGCAUUCUCCAGAGAGCUCUAAUCUUUCUGUUUCACUUUCAGAUCGCAAUUCACUCCCACCGAGUUGAGUUAUCUGCUGGCGCUAUCAGUUCGAAGCGAUAAGACGCUGGCAAGUCAGCACGGAGCACUCGAUAAACGGCAGAUGAUACUGAACUCGAUUCUCCAGAAAUCCUGA